AUAACCAGUAGUGACAACUUGCUCUGCAGUAAUGAGUGAUUCUUCUGAUUGUCUUGUCAUUUUAAUCUUCAUGUAAUAAUAAACAAUGAUUUUUGUAUUAAUUUUAUAUGUUAUUCUAUUUAAUGGGACUGGUAAUUGUGUCCUUAAUAAUUUAUACCAUUUAAAUAAUGGGACUGGUAAACAAUUUAUUUACAACACGUACAAAUAUGGCACCAUAAACCGAGUAACUGUGAACAACUUGACUGAACAAAUAAUGGAUUUUUAUGAGGAGUAUGAUUACUGGCACGGUUACCCAACACGCGUGCAUGUGUCCAGUAACAGCUCAAUUAAUACUGAAUAUCCAGUCUUCAUAACAGCUGUUCAGCAAAAAGGUGUAUUAUCAUGGGAGUUACCGCUGGUUGUGUCAACUCCUCACACUGCAAUGAUCUUUACCGAUAUGGGCAGGACUUUGUGUCCCCAUGAUGCGGGCCCCAAUAUAACAACAGUAAACCGGCCACAACUGCAAGUGACUACCUUCAGUCCUACCAAUGUUUCACUGGACAUCAAGCUGCGAAGAGUCGAGGAUUUUUACAUCGAGCUUGAUAAGACGAUACCGCUGGUGGCGACCCCUAGCACUCCCAAGUACUACUACUUCUCAUUUGACAGCUCGCCACCUGAAAAUCAUGGAAACAGGGCCACAUUACAUGGAUUUCUGCCUAGGUUCAACUACACAAUACCAAAAAGUGUGAUUCUCAUUAUAGAAUCUGACAGCAGUAUUUGCGCUACAGUCUCUAUCCAAAAUAACUCGUGCCCAGUGUUUGACACAGAAAAUGACGUAUCCUAUCAGGGUUACCAUUUAACUAUGACCAACAACGGCGGGAUUACGCUCACUCAAUCAAUGUUUCCGGUGGGUUUCUACGUGGUGUUCAUUGUGAAUCAAAACAACAAAGCUUGCGGGGGAGCACCCCUACAGGACAAUCCUGGCGAUAGAGUCAAGGACUUUAGGUUCCGCAUCAUCGCGACCAUAUCGUACAAGGAGUACGUGGUGGGUGCGUUGGUUGUUCUAGCACUGUUCUCCCUCGUGGUAAUGCUCACCGUACUCGUCCUGCUGCCCAGCUACACGUCCCGUUGCACAGUUGAAGUGGUGGUGAUAGAAGAGGACCCGACGCCAUCCACUUCUCGCGACCAGCGUCCACUGGUAGACGAACGAUCUGACGAAGACUCAAUAACAGACUCAAUACGGGAGUGGCCGAUUCCUACAGAGCCGUUGACAGUCGCUGGCCUCAGUAAAGCGCGGCCGAAGGCUAACGCGCGUCGUUCAGAUAGGUAUUUCUGGAGCGCUUUGACCGUAGCCGUCGUCUACGCUUUGCCAGUUGUGCAGCUGUUGUUCACUUACCAACAGAUGGUAUUCCAAACUGGAAAUCAAGACUUAUGUUACUACAAUUUCCUGUGCGCACAUCCACUGGGUAUACUUUCGGACUUCAACCACGUUUAUAGCAAUAUUGGAUAUGUGUUACUGGGCCUCGUGUUUGCUUUGCAAGUCCGAGCGAGAGCGUCCAAACCUCAAGAACAGGAUAUGGGGAUUCCACAACACCAUGGUUUGUUUUACUCCAUGGGCCUAGCACUUGCGAUGGAGGGUCUACUGUCAGCUUGUUAUCACCUUUGUCCCAACAAGAUGAACUUCCAGUUCGAUUCUUCAUUCAUGUACGUGAUAGCCGUGCUGUGUAUGGUCAAGUUGUACCAAAACCGCCACCCAGACGUGAAUGCGAGCGCGCACGCCACAUUCAUGCUGCUCGCACUCCUCAUAUCAAUUGGUCUUUUCGGCAUCAUGUACCCGAGUGUAUAUUUCUGGGUGAUCUUUACAUUAUUACACUUGGGCACUUGUUUUGUGCUCACUCUUAAGAUAUACUACGUGGGACAGUUUAAAGUCGAACGUGGUGUGUUGGGGCGCGGUGUGGCCGCGUUGCGAACCCACGGGUGGAGCGCGCUGCGACCCAAUUACACCACGCGGGCCAUCCUGCUGGCCCUCGCCAACUUGGCCAACUGGGCCUUGGCGGCCUACGGUCUUUACGAACAUAAAAAGGACUUCGCCCGCCACCUCCUAGCCAUCCUCAUGGGGAACACUAUAUUGUACACGCUGUUCUAUAUCGUGAUGAAACUGGUGCACCGCGAGAGAGUGCCUGUCUACUGCUGGCUGUACCUGGCAUCGGCACAUGCGGCUUGGUUCUAUGCGUUGAAUCUCUUCCUCGACUCGAAGACUAAAUGGUCGGAAACUCCGGCACAGUCUCGCCGCCACAACGCCCAAUGUACCGUACUACAGUUCUAUGACUCCCACGACGCCUGGCAUGUUGCGUCCGCUGUCGCACUCUACCUCUCGUUCAAUGCACUUCUCACGGUCGACGACAAUUUACGGAAUACACCUAAACACCAAAUACCGGUCUUUUAAAAUUUUAAGGUAACUGUAGGUCUGUAUAAUUUGAAUUUCGAAGUGAUAAUAGUAGUUUUUUUAUGGUACUUAAAAUUACUUCAAGCUGACGAUCCAUCAGAUGGAAAAGUACGGUUUAUGAUCCAAUAGGCGUUUAUAUAAUUUAUCUAUAUAAUCGAUAUAAAUAUUAGUUAAUUUUAAACUUUCGCGUUGUUUACACAUAUUUUUAAAUACAUAUUUUUACAUACCAUAAAAUAUAAAAUAAAAUAAUACCAUAAACGUCGACAAUAAAGAAGCAGGUAUGUUGGUUCUAUUUACCUGUAAAAGCUUUUUCAUCACGUUAAGUCCGUGUUAUGUAUUUAAAGAUAUAGAUAUUCUUGGAUUCUUGCUUGACUCCUCAUGUCUGUGUAUCGUGACCACGAAUAAUUCAUUCAACAUGAUCCUACGCAGCAUGCACAGCCUCGUGGAUGCACGAUCAGUUACAGUCAGACAGUAUAAACCACCUAGUAGCGACAGGUUACGAUAUAAUAGAGGAACAAAUUGUAUGGAAUUGCAUGGAGAUGUGUUAAAUACACAAUCGGGACUUAACGCGAUAAAAAUCCAACCAUUUUCAUCGCGUUAAGACCCGGUUGUAUAUUUAAGAUAUGUCUAAACAAGGCCAAAGUUUAAAAUUAACUAUUGCAUGGAGACGCCUCUCUUUUAUUGUUUUUUUUUGUUCUUUGGACGUUCACGAUAUAUAUACGAGCGACUUUGCUCUUUCAUUUCAUCGUGACAGUAAUGUCGUACGAUAUCGUGCCGUGUUACGGUAAACUAUAAAAUCGCCCAAUAUCAAUGAUGUAUGGGAAGUAACAAUUAGCACUCGACGACGACAUCUAAUCAAAAGAUGUCGUAUUAUAGAUUAGUUCUUCUGUAGUGACAUAAAUAUAAACAAUUUACAAUUUCUUGUAAGAAAUGGUUAAAUACUCGAAAAAAAAAUAAUAAUCAAAUUAAUAUAGACUAGUCAAAGGCUGUAACAACGUUUUAUAUUUGUAAGUAAACCAGUUUGUCAUUGUAACAAACUGACGUAAAUCGUCGACGUAAGCGAAGAAUUAAAUAAAACAAUUUUUAAAUUCGAAAUCCUUUCGAUUUACUUACGAAAAUAUUACAAAGAACAAUCAAGAAAUCACGAUUAAAUCGCAAAUUAAUAAAUAAAUUAAAUUAUUUAAUUGCGCACUUACGCCGACGAUAUUGUUGUGAGUAUUAAUCUACCAUUUUUAAAAUAAAUUUUAUAAUGACGACAACCCUAUAAAUAAUUGUUCAAUACCUAUUUAAAAAUGGUACAUAAUUUAUGACAAUUAUAUCCUACAUAUCUAAUUUAUUUCACAUUAGUUGUAACGUAUUUGUUUCAUAUGAAUUAAUCAUGCCUUUUGAAAACUUAUAAAUAUUAUAAAGUUAAUCUAAGUUAGAACUGAUGAACACAUUCCAACUAAAAACCGAUAAAACUAGAAAUAUAUAUAUAUAUAU